AUAAGUAAACAGUAGUGGGUGUAAAAAGAGCAUGUGAGUGGAGAGAGAGAGAGAGUGAGAGAGAGAGAGAGUGAGAGAGCGGGAGGGAGGGAGAGAGGAAAAAAGAGCACAGGAGAGUGGGAGAGCUGGACUCAAAGAGAAAGAGAGAGGGAGAGAGAGAGGGGGAGAGUGAAAGAGAGACAAACAGGGAAGCGCCUGAGUGAGAAACAGAGCGGGCAUAGUGGUACCACUCCACAGGAACUACUCCACUGCACACUUGCUCUGGCUGGCUCACUGUCUUUCCCUCUCUCUUGCUCAAACACACACACACACACACGCACGCACACACACACACGUAGCUCUCUCUGGACUGGCCGCAGAGAUGGGGUCAGCCACUGAGACCAGCGACGAGGACCAGCAUCCAGUGGACAUAACUGGGGUUUGACACUGAGCCAUACACAUAUACGCACUAAAACAUACAUACAAACACACACACACACACACACACACACACACACACACACACACACACACACACACACACACACACAGUGGGGGAGUACUCUACUUCAUCUCCAACAAAAUCUUGCAAGAGGAAGAGGAGUGGUUUAUCAGCCAUGACAGGGGGUGUGUUCAAAGCCUUUGCCGUGCUCCUGUUGGUCCACGUGGCGUCGGCCUGCCCCAAGGAGUGCACGUGUGACUCCCACGCCAAAGCGGUGGACUGCCGCGGCCAGGGCCUCUACGACAUCCCGCGGCACCUGCAGGCCGACACGCUGGAGCUGCACCUGCAGGACAACCGCAUCCGUGGCCUGGGCUCCAUGGCGUUCCGCGAGACGCCGCAGCUGCGCGUGCUGGACCUCACCAACAACUCCAUCACGUCGGUGUCGCCCAGCGCGCUCCUGGGCCUGCGCUCGCUGCGCCAGCUCAGCCUGGCGCACAACGGCGUGCGUGAGCUCGACCGGCGGCUGCUGGGCUCGGUGCGCAACCUCACGGCGCUGGACCUUUCGCACAACGCCAUCGCGGGCUUGCCCGGCGCGCUGGCCGACAGCAUGCGGCAGCUGCGGCACCUCUCGCUGCAGCACAACCGGCUGCAGAAGCUGGACCGCAGCCACCUGGAGGCGCUAGAGAGCUUGGAGGGGCUACAGCUGCGGGGGAACCCCUGGCGCUGUGACUGCCACAUGAUCGCGCUCAAGCUCUGGCUGGAGACCUUCCUCUUCAAGGGUGGUGUGGUAGACGAGGUCACCUGCACCCAGCCUGAUGCCAUGAAAGACAAGGACCUACAGCAGGUCCCAUACGAGCUCUUCCACUCCUGCAUGGCCACCAGCUACCACUACCUGUUCGCCAACCUGCGCCACCUCGAGUCAGAGCACCGGCACCGCGAUGACCACCUGCACCUGCCGGAGCUCGGGGGUGGCGGAGGAGAGGGGGGUGGCAGCUCGCUACCCGAGUGUGAGCCCAAGCAGCGGCCGCGUCCGGUCAACCUGCGGCACGCCAUCGCCACGGUGGUGAUUACCGGCGUGGUGUGCGGCAUCGUGUGCCUGAUGAUGCUAGCGGCGGCCGUUUACGGCUGCGCCUACGCGGCCAUCAUGGCGCGCUACCAGCGCGACCUGAAGAAAGCCGAGGAGCGGGCAGCGGCCGCCGCCGUGUCCCUGCCCGACAAGGAGAAGGAGAAGACGGGCACGGCCGACGAGAAGGAACCGCUGGAGAAUACCAUAGCCUGAGCGAGAGUGCGCGUGUGUGCGUGGGCACGCAUGUAAUGUCGUAACGCAAAGGCGGUGGGAUGUGACUGGAGUCCUGUGAGCAGACGAUGCAAAGACGCUGACACAAAUGUGAGACCUGUUGCCAUCAAGCACACACACACACACACACACACACACACACACACACACAAUAUUCACACAUUUACUUCUUUAUUUGUGUCCACAAUUCAGAAUUAUUAUAUAUAUAUAUUAUACAGGACAUACAUUUGAAAGGUGCAAACACUGUUCAGACAUGAUUCAAUCAUAUGACUCUGUUGACAAUAAUAAAACAAGAGUGCAGCAGAUGUUAUGGGUACAUACUGUACGACACCUUCUUCUCCAAACGUGGCUACUUGGUUACUUCCAAUAAUGGAUGAAACACACACACACACACACACACACACACACACACACACACACACA